AACACAACGACAUGGAUCCGACCGUCAGCCCUGUGUCUCUGCGUGGUCCGAAGAUCUCUAAAGCAUGUGAGGAAUGCAGGAGAAGGAAGCAGAAGUGCAACGGCUUGAACCCAUGCAACGUCUGCACACGUCGUGGAACGCCAUGCUCGUACAGGACCUUCAUCCGCAGGAGAGCCGCCGCACGUGCUUCUGCGCCCAAUGGUACCCCCCGGGAUGAAAGUUCGCGAGAGAGGUCUCACCCUCAACCAGAGGACGGACCAUCUUCAAAAUCUGCUGAGCAUGAGCCAAAUAACGCCGACAACUUCAACGAUGUGCCACCCCGGUACCAGAUCUACUCCAGCGUCCGUGCCACGCAUCCUCAUGAGCAGUCUCCUUCCUGCGUUUUGCAGCUCUACUAUGGCUCUUCGUCCAAUUUUUCUUUUCUCCAACAUCUCCACGCUCAUUUUACUGCGCAAGAGGAGGGCCCGCGAAGUGGUCCUCCUGAGACUGAAGUCCAAAACGGAAAUCCUGGUUUGGACAUGUACAAGUAUCAAGGACUUGCUUUUGGGAGUUCGGUGGAUCAGCGCGGGCGCGACGCCACUCCUGUUUUUCUUCGGCAUGACCUUGCCAAGUUGUUCCUGCAAAAUUACCUUUCUACUGCUCAUUACUAUCUUCCUUUUUUGUCUCCAGAGAAACUUUACUCAAGCUUCGAGAAGCUAUAUGGCUCCGGUGAAGAGACGACCGUCGACCCCUCAGAGCGCGCCAUUGUCUUGGCGGCAAUGGCUAUUGGCUCAUGUCCGACGAGGCACGAGUUGUGGAGGAAAACUCUCGUCUCGCAGGCGAGAACAGAGGCGGAGUCUAUGCUCCACAUUGUCAACUUGAGGGCGGUUCAGGUUUCGUUGCUGAUGGCUCAUUGCGAAUCUAUUGUCGGCAGACCAAAUUCAGCUUAUUUGUACCUGGGAAGCGCCGUACGGAAAGCUUUUGCGGCAGGGUUACAUCGAAACUCUUCGAAUAAGCAGCCUACGCGUAGCGAGCGCAGCGAAUGUAACGAGGCAAGCAGGACCUGCUGGGCUUUGUUUUGCUAUGAACAAAUAAUAUGCUUCAGCCUUGGCAGACCGUCGUCUUUUCCUCAGGUCGACAUUGGAAUACCGCUUCCUGAACCUAAAUCUUUUCUUGCAGCACUUGUACAAAUGUGCGAAAUCAUUCAUGGAACACAACAGAUGUAUAACUACCAUGACUCUUCGCCAGGUCGGGACCUGCGUGCUUGCCACCGAAUACGGCAAAGACUACGCAGUUUCGCUCAUGCUGUCAAGGACGACCUACACAUCACAAUCGGAGGUACAUUGGAGCGAGGCGAGAAGCUAGUGAUGCAGACUGUCCUUUCUUACCUGUACUUCAACACCCUACUUCUUACAUUCAGGCCGUUCCUUCUUUUGUACGUGGAGCUGAAGAAGCAAGGCAAGCUGGUCUCUGAAGGCCACAGCCACAGUGAUCCCACAAAGAAAAGCCCACCGUGGUUGCUGGAAGCUUGCGAAUAUACGGCAGAAGCUGCGCGCUCUAUAGUCUCCUUGUCUGAAGGCGUAUUUUCUAUGGAGAUUGGAGCCGAGGGCAUCUACAACCAUACAUUCUUCCUCGAAAGCGCCAGUUUUGUGCUUAUCAUUGCAUCGCUACACGAUGACCGCUCUACUGACCGACAUGUGAGAUACAUCAAUCGUGCGAUCAAGUCUCUCAGACAUAUGAUCCCGCGUGAACCCACCCUCAGUGUUAUUGCGGCGCUGGAGCAGAUGCUGGCCAAAGUGCACGCGCUGAACGGCUCUGCUCCGCAAACUGACGGAAGCCCCAUCAACCCGUCCACCGGGCCAGACGAGACGCUUACUCUGCCUCCAUUGCUCGGGCAAGAGCCGCAAGGUCGAGAGAACUCUUUUGGAAACCCGCAACUCGUACCACUGUCCGCUCAUCCCAUUGCGCAUUCAACGCCCACUGAGUACGUCACGCCACCGGGAUAUGGGGCCUUCGAUAUGGAUGGGCAGGCUGCGGGGUCGAGAAACGACCUGCUGGAGUCGGAGUGGCCGACGAUGGACUGGAACUUUGAUUUGUCAACGUUGGAUUUGGAGUCGUUUGUGUCGGUUAUGGGGAACCAGAAUACCGACCUUAAUUACAACAUCUAGAUGAAAAGUGCGCGGCAGGCUUGGCACAAAGCUUGUGAAUGCAUGAUUGGGAAAGAGCGUUUUCGGU